GAAGACAGAAAUGACAGGCACUCACCGCAAACUCAUUUCCUGAAGUAAAGGCCCUCGAUGAGACUGCAACAUAAGAACCGUCUUGAAUCAGUACCAACUACCAGCCGAAGAAACUCUCUUCGACAUAACAAAAAAGAUAAAGACUAGUCAAGGAGGUAAAUCCUAAAAUCAGCAAUGUCAAAUUAUACAUGUCUGAAUUCAACACAACGCCAGCAUAAUGUGGUUUUUGUUACUGUAUAUUCAGUGGUCUUCAUAUUUGGACUGACCCUCAACCUCACCGCACUUGUCAUUUUUUUCCGCAACUCUAAAUCACAGUCGCACACCACCGUGUACAUGAUUCACCUAGCCUUUGCUGAUAUUCUUAUGGUUUGUACGCUUCCAGUGAGGAUCUAUUACCACGGGGGUUUGGGGGAUCCGGACCAGAAAUUCUGUGAGUUUACCGGUCUCAUACUGCUAAGUAACAUGUAUGGCAGCAUCUUCCUCCUCAUGUGCAUUAGCUUUGACCGUUGCAUAGCAGUCUGCUUCCCGUUGUCUUCUCACGUCCGUGAGGGCCGCAAGAAAGCAUGGUGCGUGUGUCUGGGAAUCUGGAUGCUAACUAUCGGAACGAGCUUUCCUAUCUAUUUCCAAAAGGGACAGGGAGCAAAGGAGCAAACCAACAGCAGCACGUGUUUUGGAAAUUUUCCUAGCUAUGCCACUCAAACAGGUGCUCUCAUUUCCACGCUGAUUGUUGGGUUUGGGAUCCCACUAACCGUUAUGAUUCUCAGCUCAUGGGGGCUCGUCCGGGCUAUAAGCAAAAGCACGGCUGUUCAGACCAGUGACCUAGUAGACAGCGGAAGGAUUAAAAGGAUGAUAAUAACUAACUUGGCGAUCUUUCUGGUCUGUUUUCUGCCGUAUCACGUUAUGCUUGUGCUACUUAAUGUCUAUAAGCCUUCCCCGACUAGGCCAUCACUGUUAACAGCUUACCGGUACAGCCUCAUGAUAGCUUGCCUGAAUGCAAUGCUGGACCCCCUGGCGUACUACUUCACAACAGAGACGUUUCGAAGAAAAAUGGAUGUUAAGGCUGUACGCAAAAUAUGGCAAAUGAACAGUCACAGCUCGGACGGAAACAACCGUUCACGUGCUCCGCUCACAACGUAAGCGCCACCUAACUCAA